AUAAUGAAACACUCUAUACAAGAAUCUUUAAUCUCUUUUUAUCUUCUUAUUUUUGUUUUCUUUUUUUUUCCCUCCUCAUAAACUCAAUCCAUUUCCUAAUCUUCAUUUCUACUCCUACAUUCUUCUCCUCAUUUCCAAGCUACCCUUUUUAAUCAUUAAAACCCAUUAAAUAUUUCCUUAAUCUUCUCAUUAUUUGCUGUUUUCUAGUUAUGUUUAUGUUGUUAUUCCAAAUCAUUAAGAAAUGACACUUUUAUUCCGAUCUAAAUCGUGUAGACUCGGUGGUGAGUCAACUAGCUCACCUCCGAGUUCAUCUGUUUGGGAUGAUUCAGAUGGGAAUGAAACAGAGGAGGAAAAAACAGAGGAAUUUGAAGAUAAUGAAGAAGAAUUUGAAGAUUAUGAUCCAAUUUCAACACCAUUUAUAAAUACUCCUGUUAAAUUAAGUGAUAAAAAUAGAAAAGAAAAUAAUGGGCAGUUUCCAAUUUUAGCAUUUGUGGCAACUGCAUUGAGAAAAUCAUUGCUUGUUACUUGUAGUGUUGAAAGAGAAGAUGUUUCUUCUUUGGAUAUUAGUUAUCCAACCAAUGUUCAACAUAUUUCUCAUGUUACUUUUGAUCGUUUUAAGGGUUUUCUUGGUUUGCCUCAAGAAUUUCAACCAGAGAUUCUUAAAAGGGUUCCUAGUGCAAGUGCGAGUGUGUUUGGCGUUUCUCCACAGUCGAUGCAGUGCUCGAUUGAUGGAAGAGGUAAUAGUGUGCCUACCAUACUUAUAAGAAUGCAAAAGCGCCUAUAUGCAGAAGGCGGCCUUCAAGCGGAAGGAAUUUUUCGAAUAAAUGCUGAAAACAGCCAAGAAGAGAAUGUUCGAGGCCAAUUGAACAAAGGGAUUGUUCCACAGGGAAUCGAUGUUCAUUGUUUGGCAGGACUAAUUAAGGCCUGGUUUAGAGAACUACCGAAAGGGGUUCUUGAUUGCCUAAAACCUGAGCAGGUAAUGCAUUGCAAUACAGAAGACGAGUGUACUCAGCUUUUGAAACUGCUCCCGCCAAUGGAAGCUGCACUUCUCGACUGGGCUAUCAAUUUGAUGGCAGAUGUUGUGCAGAAUGAACAAUAUAACAAGAUGAAUGCGCGGAAUAUUGCUAUGGUCUUUGCACCGAACAUGACUCAGAUGGCUGAUCCAUUGACAGCAUUGAUCCAUGCUGUACAAGUUAUGAACUUCCUAAAAACAUUGAUUGUGAAAACCCUUCAAUCAAGAGAUGAAUCUGCAGACAAAACAAAGGUUCUUUCAUCAUGUUCCGACUUCUCGGACAAUGCUAGCAGACCUUCACACAAGUCUACUUCAUUUGGUGAAUUAAUCUAUGAGAAAAUGCAUGAGAAAACAACCAAUGUUAAUGAUCAAGUACAUAGCAAAAAGCUUCUAAGAAGUGUCACUUUAGACCGACUCGAUUGCACCCCCGAGAAAAAACAUCGAAAAUCACAUAAAAAGAACGAGGAGGGAAAAACGUAUAGCUCUCCGAUUGUUUCGGUUGUAUCUGAGUCUUUGGAUGAAGAUCGAGAAGUCGAAGUUGGAAUAUUAGAUAGAAUAAAUUUCAGGAAAGGGAUGAAAAAACUUUGCAGGCAUCCUGUUUUUCAGUUGAGUAAACAAAGAAAGCAGCUGAGGUUGGGAUUGUAAAUAGUAGAUAAGAUAAACAUUUUCACUAGUUAAGUGUAGAAUGACCAUUAUAUGGUGUUACUCAAGGAUUUGAGUACAAAAUUCUUUUAUUUGUGAUGAUGUUUUCCUAGUUUUGAUGUAAUUGUGUGAGUAUUUUUAAGUAGAAUCUAACCAAAGUUUUUAGAUAAUGCUUAUUACAAAAUUCAUCAUAUAUAAGUGUUUCAUCUUUAAUAAUAUCAAUGAAAUUGUGAUUAUAUA